ACAUGUGUGUAGUCUUUAAUAUUAAACACAAUCGCUGGUAGAUAGCCACAGAAGUCGUAUCACAAGUUAUCCUGGGCGGAUCACAGCUCCACAGCUGAAGACUUCUCCACGCUGCUUUCAAACUCCCAGAGUAAACACCACACUCUGCUGGACCUGGACCUGGACCUGGACCUGGACCUGGACCUGGACCUGGACCUGGACCUGGACCUGGACCUGGACCUGGACCUGGACCUGGACCUGGACCCAGCUCUGUGUCCAGUAACCAGCUUACUGCCAGAGACCAGAACCAGGUAGAAAAGAUGGAGACACCUAAAGUCCUAUUAAAAACUUUAAAAGCUUUGAAGGAAGAGGAAUUUAAAGACUUCAAGUGGUACCUGAAGGAGAAGGUCCUAGAACUCCCAGGAAUCCCAACGAGUGAACUAGAGAAAGCAGAGCGGAGGGAAACAGUGGAUCUGAUGCGUACGCACUACGGCAAACACGUCAUUAAAGUGACCAGAGAAGUUUUGAAGGAGAUCCCGAGGAAUGAUCUAUUAGAGGCAUUAUCAGAAUCCUCAUCAGACCCUAAAGGAGAGAAGCUGCUUUCUGCUGGACGGGAGCAUCCACUCUGCAGUCUGGAGACACUCAGGCUGGACCAUGGUGGAGAGCAGAGGUUCAGAGCAGGUGAUCUGAGGAACUAUUCCUGUGGACUCACCCUGGACUCAAACACAGUGGGCUGGAGACUCAAACUGUCUGAGGACAACAGGACGGUGACACGUGUGGAGGAGAAGCAGCCAUAUCCUGAUCAUCCAGAGAGGUUUGAGUACAAGGCUCAGCUGAUGUGCAGAGAAGCUCUGACUGGUCGCUGUUACUGGGAGGUCGAGUGGAGAGGAAAGGUUAAUAUAGCAGUGACUUACAGAGGAAUCAGGAGGAAAGGACAAGGAGAUGAAUGUGUGUUUGGAGAGAAUGAUCAGUCCUGGAGACUGUACUGCUCUGAUAGAGGUUACGCUGUCUAUCACAAUAAGAGAGGAACAAACAUCUCCUCCCCCUCCUCCUCCUCCUCCUCCUCCUCCUCUCAUAGAGUAGCAGUGUAUCUGGAUCAUGCUGCUGGCUCUCUCUCCUUCUCCAGAGUCUCCUCCUCCUCACUGAUCCUCCUCCACACCUUCAGAGCCACAUUCACUGAACCUCUCUAUGCUGGGUUUGGGUUUGCGUCUGACUCCUCAGUGUCUCUGUGUCCUCUGUGUCCUCUGUAGGAGGAGACCACUUCCUGUCCUGGGUCACAUGGUGUUUUAAAUGGAGGCUUCUCAUUGGUUACCGUGUGUCUCACUGAUUGUGUCUGUAAUAAAGUUUUCUUGAAGCAACGUAUUAAAGCUGAUCCUGAAGACUGUAGUGAUCGAUACGUUCAAUAAAGAUUUAGAACAAG